CUUUAACAGAGUGACGUUGUGUUGUAGAGAUAAACAAAAAUGUUAAAGUUGUAACUGAAAUGAAACAUCCGGAAGAUAAAAUUUAUUAAAAGAUCAAUGCCAGAAACCCGUUUAAAGCAAAUUUAUUAAAAUGCAGCAUCAAUAUUGGGUUACCAAGAAAAGCGUGCUCAGAAAAUUAGGUGGAAAGGAAGAUGAGUGUAUUGUUUCUUCUGAUGCAGAGUUGGACGCCAAAUUGGAAUUAUUUAAAUCAAUUAACGAUAGUUGUGCUCAAUUACAACGCGUUAUUGACUUAUAUCAAGAACGAUUAUGUUAUUUGGCACAAGAGGAGAAUGUUCUUGGCAGGUAUUUAAGAGACUGUGGAAAAAAUGAAAAAAACACAUCUGCAGGACAAAUUAUGUCAAUUGCUGGAAAAGCAUUGGCUUACACAGGACACCAAAGAUUAACUAUUAGACCAUCUUUAGUAAGGUUGCACCAUGAAUUGGAAACAUUCCGUAAUAGAGCUAUAACUGAUACAAGAGCCACAAUAUCAGAAAUGGAAAAAACAAGGACAGAGUACAGAGCAGCUCUGAGUUGGAUGAAGUCAGUGUCAUCCGAAUUAGAUCCUGAUACUGGACAUGGUCUUGAAAAAUUUAGAAAAGCCCAGUCUUAUGUUAAGAAAACCAAAACAAAAUUUGAUAGAUUGACUUUAGCUUGUUUACAGAAAGUUGAUUUAUUAGCUGCAGCAAGAUGCAAUAUGUUUUCCCAUAGCUUAGUACCAUACCAAAGUGCAAUUUUGAAUUUUUCCACAAAGUCUUCUGAAACUUUAGGUACAGCUGCAGGCAAAUUGGAUACAAUUAAACCAACUGAUAAUACAACCAUUAUGGAGUUGUUUAGUCCCUUUGAUACAGACAAAUCUAAAAAGACUUUCUUUAAUUCUGACUAUUCUGAUGAUCCGCCCAAAAGUCAGAAAAAAGAUGAAGAGGAAAGUAAAGAUGUGAAUAAUGAAGAAUCUCAUAUAGCUGAAGUAGCUGAUCUAUUGAAUGCUGAUUUUCUUAAUCCACCCCCAAUAGAACAACCAAUUACUAUUGAAAAUGCCAACACAAAGCCAAGCUCUGAAUUGCUAGAUCUGAACUGGAGCUCAAAUGCUGACUUCAUGUCAGGUGACUUUAUGCCUUCAAAGUUAAUGCAAGAAGGAUUCUUCAACAUACCCACAGAUCCAGCACAGCAAAACCUAAACAAUUUUGAUCAACUUCUAGACAAAACUGGAGAGAAUAAUGCUACAAAUGAAAAUAAAGUUUCUUGGCUUAGUCUAUUUGCUGAACUAGAUCCUCUUGCAAAUCCAGUUGUAGAAAACAACACAACUGCAUCAGACAGAGCAUAAGUUUGCCACUAGGUUUCCACUUAGAGGUUUUGUUAUCCUAUUUUAUAUAUUUAAACAUUCCAAAGAAUCAUGCUAAAGACUUUUGACAAUUUGAAAAAUUAGUUAUUUAUUUUUAUUUGAAUUUUUAAAGUAGUUUAUCAAACAUUAUUUUAAUGUAGUGUUUACUAAAUAUGAUUAGUAAUCUCAGUAGGUUGUGAACAACACAUUCCAUGAUGAUGUUCUCAUCCACAGUUUUGCACCAAAAUGUAUUUCAGUUUUAACUCUUACACAUAUUAUUUAAAAAACACUAGUCAGUUUAUGUGUUAUGUAAAUUUUUAUGUAUACAUCAUUUUGGUGAAGAUUUCUAAAAAUAAUCAAAUUGGGAAGCUUAUGGAUCUGCUACAAAUACCAAAGAAACUAUUUUUAUGAAUGCAAAUUGUACUUAAUUUUACCCGAUUUUAUCUUAUACAUUCCUCUAUAGAUUAUCAAUUUAUGAUUGUAAUCAUAAGAUAAAUAUAUGCC